AUGUCGUCCCUAACCCUCCGACCGCUUGCCAGACGGCACCACCAGAUCAUUCGUUCCGCUUUCCGACGUUACGCCACUGAAUCUGCCGCCAAAUCCACAGCAGAAUCCGCUGCCUCGUCGGCCUCAUCGGCUGCUUCCAAGGCCCAGGAGACAGCCUCCAAUGUCGCUGCUAAGGCACAGGAGAUCUUCAACAAAGGAGUUGCCGCCGCCGGUCCAAUGGCUGCUAAGUUGGGUGAAAGCAUCAACAGUGCACCCUCUAGCAGUAACAAGAUUGUCGGCGCUGUUCAGGGUGUGAUCCCUCAUGUAGUCUACUACUCUAAGGUUGCUGCCGAGCUGGCGAAGCACAUUUACCGCGGACAGCAGAUGAGCCCUCCAUCGUUACAAAACCUUCAAACUUUCUAUCGUCCUUAUGUCGGACCCCUCCUCAACCCAUCUUCAUGGUGGGGUCACAUCAAAUCCAUCCGUCCCAGAAUAUCCGCUCUCCCGGACCCGGAAACAGCCUACCGAAGCGUACAGGCUACUUCGAGGAAAGAAUUGGCUGGAUAUGCUGUUCUGGCUGCCGAGUGCCUUGGAUUUUUCACCGUCGGCACAAUGAUUGGAAGGAGAAAGAUCGUGGGGUACCGUGGUGGGGUUAAGGAGCACCAUUAG